AUGGCCUCGUCUUCAUCCUCGUCCGCGCUCGUUGAGAAGCCGGCGGUGGCCGAGAAGUCCGCUGAGAAGCCCGCCGAGAAGUCCACUGAGAAGCCCACCGAGAAGCCAUUGACCCCGGCGCCCUCCUACCUCAUCCUCGGAGCCGGCGUGUUUGGCGUCUCGACCGCUUACCGGCUCAUCACCAAGUACCCAGGUGCUUCCGUGACCCUGGUGGACCGCGACGCCUUCGAUGCAGAUAGCCGCGUGGCGGCCUCGUGGGACUGGAACAAGGUGGUGCGCGCCGACUACGACGACAUCCUGUACUGCCGGCUGGCCAUUGAGUCGCAGGACGUAUUCAGGACGGACCCGCUGUGGAAGCCGUACUUCCACGAGACGGGUGUGUACUGGGUGUGCCGCACCGACUACGCGCAGGACGUCAUCAACAACUACAAGAAGCUAGGGCGCACGGCCGACCUCUUUUCCGUGUCGGUCGAGGAGGCCCGCGAGAUGUACGGCGGCCUCUUCGCCGACGCCGACUACGCCGGCGCCAAGGAGGUGCUCAUCAACCGGACCAGCGGCUGGGCCGCCGCGGGCGACUGCCUGCGCGCCGUCACCCGCAAGGCCCUCGACCUGGGCGUCAAGUACGUGACGGCCGACGUGGCCACGCUGCAGUUUGACCGGGCCGGCACCAGCUGCCGCGGCGUCAAGACCGUGCAGGGCGAGGUCCUGACCGCCGACAAGGUCAUCCUGUGCACCGGGGCCUACACCUCCAAGCUCCUCGAGUACAGCGCUGCCGAGAGCGGCAAGGCCGACCUCCGCGCCGAGGACAGGAUCGUCGCCGGAGGCAUCACCACCGGCAUGGCCACGCUCGACAACAAGACCCUCGAGACCUACGCCACCAUGCCCGUUGGCUUCCAGGGCUACCCGGCCGCCAUCGGGCCCUUCAUCGGCAGCCUCCCGCCCACCCCGGACAGGGAGCUCAAGUGGUGGGGGCCCACCAUCUUCAAGAACACCCGCGAGAUCCUCCCAGGACGUUUCGUGUCCGCCCCGCCUCCCGCCCGCGACUACGCCCAGUGGAAGGUGUCCAAGAAGCUCAAGGCCGACGUCGACUACGCCAACCAAGUGUUUUACGGAAAGCGCGGCUCCGCGUGGCCCAUGAGCAAGCACCGCAUCUGCUGGGACGCUUUCACCACGAGCGGCGACUUCAUCAUCACGCCUCAUCCGGCCGCCAAGGGCCUUUAUGUUGCCACGUGCGGCUCGUUCCACGGCUACAAGUUCUUCCCUGUUCUGGGUAAGUACAUCGUCGAGAUGCUCGAAGGCAACCUGGAGCAGGAGCUGGUAGAUCGGUGGGCGUGGGAUCGGGUGAGGCCUGACCCGGCUCUCAACCCGGAGUGGCCCAGGGCAGAGAUGAGCGAUCUGGAGGAUACAGUGGCCAGGCUGUAG